AUGCCUCAUCAUGUCACUUCAAGUAUAUCCGGUCAACCAUUGGGUAUUCCCGGUGAAUUUCCCUCUGAGGAGGAAGAGGUGAUUAGCCUUUCCUCGCGCAUUGAGUCAUUCUCGGGCCUUAGCGAUAUUCUCUCGCCAUACCCCACAGCACUCCUAAGCCCUCCACGAUUUAGUAGUCGUGGGCGAGCCGAAUCCGAUGUAUCAGUCUACAGCGAGCUCAGUGACAGCGGAAUUUCUACUACCUCGUACGAUGUAAGAGAUGAAGAAACUCCGAUAGGGCCAUUCUUUACUGCUCAGUUUCAAAAUGCAUUACAGCAAGGCCUGAAUGUAUCAAAAAGCGCAAUGACUGCGAUAGAGGAAUUCAGGGGCUCUAUUGAACCAGAAAGUAAUCUGGGGAAGCUUCUUAGAGAUGCUAGGUCUUUAUCUACGUUUCAUAGUGCGGACACAAGAACUAUUGCUAUUUUGGGUAAUUCAGGCGAAGGGAAAAGUAGUCUAAUAAAUUCAUUGCUUCAUUAUCCGGGGAUUGCCAAGACCUCGGACCUGGGAUCAGCAUGUACCUCCGUAGUUACCGAAUAUCGACAGCAAAAAGAAGGGCAAAUUGUACCAAUUCUCAUAGAGGUAGAGUAUCUCCCUCAAGACCAAAUUGAGGAUCAAGUGCGAGAACUAGUGUGGAACUACCGUCAGCUGUAUCAUCCUGAUAUUGAGUCACCUGAGGUGUCUGCUGAGGACUACGCAAGAGUCCAAAGAGAGUCGGAGACAGCGUGGUCGGCACUACAAGCGGCAUUUGGACACCAUCCAGAAUUUAAUCAAAACGUUCUGUCGGAUCAAUCAGAUGGAGCUUCAGAAAGCGUGACGAACAGGCUGAUUGAAUGGGCUAGAGAGAUCGCUUGGCCACAAGGAGGAAAUGAUGGAAGAUGGACUUCGACCGCUCAAGACGCUGAAGAAUGUUGUGAGAAGACAGAUCAAUUUAUGAAGGAUCGACUUUGGCCAUUCACUAAAAUUAUUCGGAUAUAUCUAAAUUCCAUUCUGCUAAAGACCGGCAUCGUUCUGGCAGAUCUCCCUGGUCUCCAGGAUACCAAUUUAGCUAGGGUACAAGCAACCCAAACGUAUCUCAUGAAAGCCGACUACGUUUUGAUUGUCGCAAAGAUUAUAAGAGCACGAACAGAUAAAUCCCUCAAAGAUUCAAUACAUGCUGUAAUCUCUAGGCACAUCACCUUAGAAGAUACUAAAGCACCAUGGAAUUUCCAUUUGGCCGUGGUAUGCACAAAGACAGAUGAAAUUGACGAAGAUGCGGCAAAGCGGGAAUUCUGUGGUGCUGGGAAAAGAAUUGAGCAGGCCGUAAUCGAUCAACUAAAGAGGGAAAUAGAUCAUGCAAAAAGGUUUAAGACUGGCGAUGUAAAGGCUUUAGAACUGAGACAAAAACAGCUUCUUAUCGACGCUCGUAACCAACAUGUUACGGAAGGACUGCAAGAAGAGUACGGGCCAAAGUUGAGCGGGGGAAAGUUGGAAGUAUUCUGUAUCUCCAAUAGGACUUACAAAAAGUUUUCGAGGGCAGGGAAUGUGAGUAUGGUUCGUGCCAGUGGAAUUCCCGAACUACGGCGGUUUUGCCAUUCCAUAGUGGCGAACGCUAGGCUUCUAGAAGCCAAAAAUGUUUUGCAAUCAAAGAUUUCUGGCCUUCUCAAUUCGAUCGAAUUGUGGACUAGGACUGUGCCUGUUUCUGUGCCAUCUCCAACAGGAGAUGUCACGAACACUAUCCAGCUAGACUAUAAAGUCCUACAGGAAGCGAAAUCAAAGGUAUUCAAUGGAUCGAAGCAAAAUAUUCUUGAUUCCUUCCAAGAGUUCAUCCUUGACUUUCUAGAUCGAAGAGGUGAGAUUUGGGAACACGCUGCUAAAGAGAAGAGCCAGGCGUGGUCCAGUUGGCAUUGGUCGCAAUAUAAUGCAUGGUGCUUAAAUAAUGGCGACCAUGCUACAUCAAAAAGAGGUCACGUAAACUGGAACGGAGAAUUGAAUUGGAAAAUGCGCUCUGAGUUAGCAUAUCAAUGGGAAUUGUUCGAGGAUGAUAUCGUGAACGAGUUCAAAGACCUCUUAGCUUGUCUCAAAGGAAAUUUGAAGGAUCUUGAAUCAUAUCUUGAAGAUUUCGACGCAUCACUCGUCGCAGCGGCAAAUUUCCGCACACAAGAUAUUCAAUACAGGUGCGGUUUAAUUCAACGAGAGUUUCAACGCGAUAUACGAUUCAUCCGCAGUCAGGCAUCCGAAGCAAACGAGUCAUCUUAUAUGGUAAAGGAAAUGAUUCCGACUUAUCGAGCUGCAUCCCAGGAAUCUGGGACGAACAAAGGGUUAAGACAGCGUGUCAGAGUUCAAGGCAAGAUUAGUGGCGGGACUCUCUUUGGGUGUAUCCUACAUCAAAUAUCGUCUGAUGUGGGGGACAAAGUAAAGGAGAAUUUCAGAAAGCUGCUUGCUAUUCUGGAAGAUGAUGUCGCUCGCAUAAAGGAAGACAUUAGCAUGGCUAUGCCUGGGCAAGAGGCGUCAGUUCCUGGUAACGAGCGUGCACCGCAUAGAGAUGAUGAACGCUUAGCAGAAGAGAGGCGAUUCAAGGAGCACUUGGCAGGUCAAGUGAAGAAGCUUAAGGUAAAGCACGAGCAGGUCCUAGAGAGUAUAUCGUCCAUUUGA